AUGGCCACCUUAAAGGCCGCCGUCUUGAUUGUCUCUACAACGGCUUCCAAAGAUCCAUCGGCUGAUUUGUCUGGAGCGAUCUUGGAGGAAGUCUUUGAGCAAGAAGGUGGGGGAAAGUGGGAAGUCGUCGAGACAAAGAUCGUCAGCGAUGUGGUGCUGGAUAUCCAACGUACGAUCACUGGUUGGGCCGACCGAGAAGAUCCUCCGAAUUUGAUCAUUACCACGGGUGGGACCGGUUUUGCAGUCCAUGAUAGUACACCUGAGGCUGUUACUCCACUUCUCCACAAGCAGGCACCUGGGCUUGUCCACGGCAUGCUUGCAGCUUCGUUAGCCGUUACUCCUUUCGCUCUGAUGUCACGACCAGUCGCCGGAGUUCGGAGCAAGACCAUCAUAAUCACACUUCCUGGAUCUCCCAAAGGCGCCAAAGAAAAUCUCCAAUCGGUAUUGAAGCUACUCCCUCACGCUUGUAUACAAGCAGCGGGUGCCGACUCCAGAACAAUUCACGCCGGUGGUGUCAAGACACUGGAGAAAGAAGCUGGGGUCAGUGCUCACGGUUCUGGUGCACAUUCUCACAGCCAUAGUCACUCACACGGUCAUUCUCAUGGUGGGCACAGCCAUGGCCAUGCAAUGCCCGUUCGACAUACAGCAUCAAGUGAGAAUCCUCGCUCUAAUGACCCCGCACUUGGCCCAACGAGACGAAACCGCUCUUCUCCGUAUCCUAUGAUCGCUGUUGACGAUGCAAUCGGACUGAUCAAAGAGCACACCCCAUCUCCGCAAGUUGUCACUGUUAAUGUCGAUGGAUCUUUGGUUGGUUGUGUACUCGCAGAAGAUGUUACAGCUACAGAAGCUGUUCCUGCGUAUCGAGCAAGCAUAGUAGAUGGCUAUGCUGUGAUCGCACCCGAAGAUGGCGGUUCAAGCAAAGGUGUAUUUCCUGUGGCUUCGAUAUCUCAUGCUACACCUGGAGAGAUUCCACCGCUUGAGGUGGGACAGAUUGCACGGAUCACUACUGGUGCUCCUCUCCCUCCUGGUGCGACGUCGGUUGUAAUGGUGGAAGACACUAUUCUCAAGACGAUGACAGAAGAUGGGCAAGAAGAACACGAGAUUGAGAUCUUAGCAGAAGGGGUCAAAGCCGGCGAGAAUGUACGAGAGGUCGGAAGCGACAUCAAAAAGGGUGAGGUGGUCCUGCGCAGAGGAGAUGAGAUCUCAGCUAUCGGUGGGGAGCUGGGGCUAUUGGCUUCUGUUGGUAGAGCAGAAGUCAGAGUAUAUAACCGGCCAGUUGUGGGGGUCUUAUCGACGGGAGACGAAAUCAUAGAACACGGAAGACCUGGCGACUUGAGACUAGGGGAGGUCCGCGACUGCAACAGACCAACCAUCAUGUCCGCUAUUCGAGGUUGGGGCUUCGAGGUUGUGGACCUGGGAAUCGCGAGAGACAAACCUGGAGCCCUCGAGGAGACCUUGCGGGAUGCCCUUCGCAAAGUUGAUGUUAUAAUCACUUCAGGCGGUGUGUCAAUGGGUGAACUUGAUCUGCUUAAGCCUACAAUCGAGCGAUCACUUGGGGGAACCAUCCAUUUUGGGCGUGUCUCGAUGAAGCCAGGAAAGCCCACCACAUUUGCGACGGUACCAGUGAAGAACAAUGCCGGCGAAAGAGUAUCAAAAGUCAUAUUUUCCUUGCCAGGAAAUCCAGUUUCUGCAAUUGUAACUCUUCACUUAUUUGUUUUGCCCUCUCUGCAUCAUGCAUCCGGCGUGGCACCAGCUGGAUUACCCAGAGUCCAGGUCACAUUAGACCACAAAUUCCGACUUGAUCCCCAGAGAUCAGAAUAUCACCGUGCAAUUGUCGUCUUGGGAAAGGAUGGCUUAAUGCAUGCUAGCAGUACUGGUGGGCAGCGAAGUUCCAGGGUUGGGAGCUUGAAGAGUGCAAAUGCGCUGCUUUGCUUGCCAGCUGCAGAAGAGACUUUGAGCAAAGCAUCGAAAGUUGACGCUCUAUUGAUGGGUAGGCUCAGGAGCGAGUUUGACAUACUGUAG